AAGGGUGGGGCAGCAUCAGUGGAACCCGGAUGCUGAUGCUGACCGAUGGAGAGCAGGAAGCUGGAGGAAGAGAAGGGGAGAGGAGUGUGAGAGAGAAGGAACCGGCGGGGGAAGCAGCAGGCUGCAGCAGACAGAGCAGAGCCGCUCCUUCUCUGGAUCUCUGGCUCUUUCAGGAGCCGCUCUGUGGUUCAUAUCCGGUUCGGUUCAGUUGUUUGCUCAGCAUCCGCGCGCCGGCUGAGGGAGGGGAUGCCGUGAGAUGAACAGCACAGCCGUUCAGGAAGCGAGCAAAGAGAGUGGGAGGAUGUUUGUCUUUUUCUAGAAACAUUUAACCAUCGGACCAAGCACUGAUCCUCCUCCACCAGCACCGGCGCAGGGAGCGCACCGCUCCGCUGAGCUGUCCUGUCUGCCUCGGCCUUCCCGGAGGCUUUUCUUUUUUUUAUUACCCUCACCCUCCUCUUCCUCUGCUUCCUAAUGCAGGGCCAGGGAGGGGGUGAGCCAAAGUCUGCACCGGAUAUUGGAAAACCCAUUCUUCUUGCCUUUGCGAUAGCAGAUUAUAAUCUGGACAAAAACAGACAAGCUGAUCCUGAGCAGAAGAGGCCCCUGGAUUGACAGGAGCCUAGAAAUGUGUGAUGUUCUAGCAGGAGCCCGGGAGGACGGGGGUCCCUGAUAUUGAUCCUCGGGAUGGAUCCAAUCAGGCCGAUCUGACUUGGGUUAUUUGAGACUGAACUCUUAACAGAAAUCAAUCUGAGACUAAAGUAGCCUUCCUGUCCACCUUCUUCUUCUUUUUUUGCUCCACUGAGGCCAGUGAGCUCCACGCACAGGUCCUUUCCUCCCACCUCUCCAUGUGGAUGAUGCUGCAUUACCGGCGGGGCUGAAACACAUCUGAUUCCGGAUCUGACAAGUUGAAGGGAGUAGCCUGCAGGGCCCCGGCUUCGGAUCACGACCACUUUAUUUAUUUAUUUGUUUAUUCAUCUAUUUCUUCCACCGUCUGGGAUGCGCAUUGAGGCGUUACGCACAUGAUCUUCAUCUGCCUUAUUUCGCGGGAUAAAGUCAAACAUGAGCAGCAAAGAGAUAACUGUGAGCCAGUCCAGCCAGUAUGUGGGGCCUUACCGGCUGGAGAAGACCCUCGGGAAGGGACAGACAGGCCUGGUGAAACUGGGUGUCCACUGUAUUACGGGCCAAAAGGUGGCCAUAAAGAUUGUGAACAGAGAAAAACUCUCAGAAUCAGUUCUAAUGAAGGUGGAGAGAGAAAUAGCUAUUCUUAAACUAAUAGAGCACCCUCAUGUUCUGAAGCUCUAUGAUGUCUAUGAAAAUAACAAAUAUCUGUAUUUAGUGUUGGAGCAUGUGUCUGGUGGAGAGUUGUUUGACUACUUGGUGAAAAAAGGAAGGCUGACUCCCAAGGAGGCUCGCAAGUUCUUCAGACAAAUCAUCUCUGCCCUGGAUUUCUGCCAUAACCAUUCCAUAUGUCACAGAGAUCUGAAGCCAGAGAAUCUUCUGCUGGAUGAGAAGAAUAACAUAAGGAUAGCAGACUUUGGUAUGGCCUCACUGCAGGUUGGGGACAGUCUACUGGAGACCAGCUGUGGAUCUCCUCAUUAUGCUUGCCCAGAGGUCAUCAGGGGAGAGAGGUAUGAUGGUCGCAGGGCUGAUGUUUGGAGCUGUGGGGUCAUUCUCUUUGCUCUACUUGUGGGUGCCUUGCCUUUUGACCAUGACAACCUGCGGCAGCUUCUGGAGAAAGUCAAGAGCGGAGUUUUCCACAUGCCCCACUUUAUACCACCUGACUGCCAAGCUUUGCUUAAAGGAAUGAUUGAAGUCAACCCGGACAAAAGGCUCACGCUUGAAGCAAUACAAAAACACACCUGGUAUCUGGGGGGUCGUAACGAGCCCUACCCGGAGCAGCCUCCUCCUCGCCGGGUGUGUGUGAAGAGGAUCCUGUCACUCUCAGAGCUGGACCCAGAUGUCCUGGAAAGCAUGUACUCUUUAGGCUGCUUUAGAGACCGAGUCAAACUCACACAGGACCUUACAAGUGAGGAGGAGAACCAGGAGAAAAUGAUUUACUACCUUCUUCUGGAUAGAAAAGAGCGAUACCCAAGCUAUGAAGAUGAGGACCUGCCUCCUAGAAAUGACCUUGUUGUCCAAGACCCACCCAGGAAGCGUGUGGAUUCCCCGAUGUUGACGCGUCACAGUCGUUGUCGUCCGGAGAGAAAGAGCUUGGAGGUCCUUAGUGUCACAGAUCAAGGAUCUCCUACCCCGCCUCGCAGGGCUCUGGACACCAACGCUCACAGCCAGAGGUCUCGUUCAGUCAGCGGGGCGUCCACAGGUCUGUCCUCUAGUCCUCUCAGCAGUCCCAGGAGUCCAGUUUUCACCUUUAGCCAGUCAGAAGUCACCUCCACCUCUUCUUCCUCCAAAGACCCCGGAGCAGGAAGUGCCACAACUCCUCGGCCCACCCGUCCAUCGCCUGACCCAAAAACCCAGACCUUACCCUCCAAGGGUCCCACUGACCGGCCCCAGCUCCACUCCAUGAAGUCCCUUCCUCUGAAAACACCACGCUCUCCUUCCCCGUCCCCGUCCCCUAUCCCCUCCCCACGGUUCUUCAACUUCCCCUCCCCUUCCAUCUUCAGGUCCAAGAACGUCCACUCGUCCUCUAACUCAUCUGCCACCCCUUCCCCUGUGUCACAGGUCACACCGCAGGGCUCGCCUCUACCCACCCCACUCGGCACGCCCGUGCACCAAAUCCAACACCCUUCCUCCACCACCCCUACCUCCUCCUCCUCUUCGUCCUCUUCCUCCAGAGUGGACGGAGCGGGUGGCGCCUCGCUGUCACUGACUCCGCCCUCCAGUCCGGGAGGGAGUGGCAAUCUGGCCGCCUCGAGCUCCACCCACUGGAGGACGAGGCUUAACUCCUUUAAAAACAACCUGCUGGGCUCUCCACGCUUCCAUCGACGCAAACUGCAAGUUCCUACAUCAGAGGAUAUGUCCAGUUUGACUCCAGAAUCCAGUCCAGAGCUGGCGAAGAGGUCGUGGUUUGGUAACUUCAUCAGUCUUGAAAAGGAGGAGCAGAUCUUUGUGCUGAUCAGAGACAAGCCGCUCAGCUCCAUCAAGGCAGACAUCGUUCAUGCCUUUCUUUCUAUCCCCUCCCUCAGCCAUAGCGUCGUGUCUCAGAAUAGUUUCCGGGCCGAAUACAAGUCCUCCAGUGGCCCCUCUGUCUUCCAGAAACCUGUCAAGUUCCAGGUGGAUAUCGCUUUUUCUGAGGGAGGAAGGGAACGUGAGAGGGAACGAGCAGAAAGAGAAGGACGAAGAGAGAUGGGCAUCUACAGCGUCACCUUCACACUACUAGCAGGUCCAAGUCGUAGAUUUAAGAGAGUCGUAGAAACGAUCCAAGCCCAGCUUCUCAGCACUCAUGAUCAGCCUUCUGUGCAGGCUCUGGCUGAUGAGAAGAAUGGUCAACUCUCCCAUCUACCCAGUACUCCUUCCCAUCAGAACUCCCAGCCUUUUGAAAGUGGAUCGGAUCGAGUAGAACGGCAGCACACAGCAGAUGGGGUGAGCAGCAGCAGCAACAGUGGGACCAUCUUACAGCGGCGAGAGUCAGGGAGAGAAAAGACCAGACUGCUUUCAUCUUCCAAUGGGACGCAGUCUCAUCCAUGAAAAGAAUGUUACAAACGAGAAGAGGUGGCUUUCCGUCUUGCCUCCUUCUCCACUUAGUCUUUCUUGCUUUCUUUCUUUCACCUUUUUCCUUACUUUCUUCCGGGCUUCUUGACCUUCAACCCAAAUAAAAGGGAAUAGAAGAUGUGGAGGACUUGUAUCAAAGAUGGUCCAGGGAUAGAACAGCAGAUUCCCCAGAACUGACAGUCUAUAGUAAAACUAGAGUGAAAUGGUCAAGAGAAAAAUCUUAAAACCAGAGAAAGAAGUAGUCUACCUUCCACAAUGAAGUCAUUAAAGCACAGGACAUCUCCAAUGAACAAUCACAAUCAACAGCUGUUUCAGACGUUUCAGGAAACCUCCAAGUUCAUCAGUCAGGAUGGUUUAUGGCGAUCACGGCAGAUCACUGCGUGAAUCAAGGAAUUCCCAUUCACCAUAUUGCUCUCCUUCACCACUUCUUCACAUCUCUCUGCAAACAAAUGCAUUAUCUCUUAGGGAUGAAGAAACAAGGGAAAAAUGGCCAAGAUUUAGCUUAGUUUUUGACUGUUUAAAGUGGAUUGUGUCUCUAAGUACUGAGCGAGCCUAGCGGUGAGUUUUCACAAUCAAACAAAAGGAGAAACAAUCCAAGGUUCAGAGCACAGGAACAAAAACCGCUAAAGGAUGGAUUUGUGGAGCCAUAUAAUGUGGAUACAGUUACAUCACAUUUACACAACUUUUCCUUGAGAGUAUGGAGCCCCCCCGCAGUUAUUAUUGGAACACAACAAUAUGAAGCUAUGAUACCAUAUUGCCUUUACAAGAGAAGACAAAUGUAGAAAACAGUAGGAAAUCAGCCACAUUGGAAAGAAACAAGUCAAACUGCAAGGAGGGUCCCCCAACAAGUCGAUAAACAUGCUGGAUGAAAAGAGCCCACAUUUAGAAAGAGCUACCCCCAUAUUUUAAAUCCAGCUGGCAAGAAAACUAAAACGCUAACAACAUUUUAUUUGGUUUAUUUGGAAAAAACAAACUUUGUUUUCCAUCAGACAUACAUAUGUAAAUGUGAGAAUGAGGUUGUUUUUUUUACUAGUUUCUCUCAUUACAUAUAUUCUUUUUUGUAAAAGUCUCUGAAACUUAACUAGGUGCAGUGAGCUGAUUUUAUUCUUCAUUUUCCAUGAUAAAGGAGGUAUAGAUUGCAUAUUCAGUUAUCCUCUAAACAGCAGGAAAUCAAGUUAUACACCCAAAGGUUGUCAGAAGUCUGUCCAAAGGGCACACAAGUAAUAAAUACUCAUAAAUGCUUUUUUAUUUUGAACCGACACCCAUAAACUAUUCUAUACCCGCAUCUUUAACAUUUUUGAAUGCUUUGCUAAUGUUACUAGCCACAACUAGGAAGAAAACAGCUCUGUCUUAAGAGAAUGUUGCUCAUAUUCCAUUUAAACUGAAUCACUUUCCUCUUUUAGGUGUUUACCUGAUGCUAGUUGGCUCCACUCGUCCCUAUGAAGAUCGGAUUUUCAGUUCGUAAAUAAGUAUAAGUAUUUUCAGUACGUAAUAACGGUACUGAUAAUACUUAUUUAUAUAUUUAAAACAUUUAAGAAUGCUAAACUUCAUUGUAUAGAAAAUAUUGAAGACUUUUCUGGAAGAAAUGGAUACGUUUUAAAUUCUCUCCAUUGUACUGCGUUACAUCAUCUGACAUGCUCAGAGCAGUCACAGUAAUGUUUUUUUUUUUCGUUUUUUAGAAUAUGCAAUACUACACAAAUACGAAAAUAUUCAAAAGGAACCCCCUGCCCAGAAAAAGACAAAAGAAUAAAAAAAAGUAAGAAAUACAAAGUAUGGCCUACCCCGGAGUUAUUCUGCUCACGCAUGUACAGGACGGAUCGGAUAGUGACAGACAUUUAUGUGUAGUUUACAUUUUCAGGUUAGUUGCUUUUAAGAGUAUUUAUUACAAGUAUGAGCUUUUGAAAGAAUUCAGAUUCACAGGUUAUCAUUAAUAGCACAAGCAAACCCCUUUCUUUAUAAACAUAAAUCACAAUCUUUUCCUAAUUAAUUUGUCUGGACCUAACAAAAGAAAGGUCAAACGAGAUUUUAACAUCUGACAAAUAGUAAAAUUUAUAUAUUUUUAUUCUUUAAAUUUAAACUAAAUCACUUUCCUCUUUAGGUGUUUGCCUGAUGCUUCUUGGCCCCUCUCGUCCCUAUGCAGAUCUGAUUUUUUUAUACUUAUUUUUCCACUGUCUAUAACGAUAGUACAUUAGUGAGCAUUUAUAGAUGUGAUAUAAAUAACAGCAGUAUGUUUGAAAAAGCUCAGAAUUCAAACUGCAGCUUAUUUCUCUACGUUUUAAAUUCAGCCCUUUUCUUUCUGAAUCAAAGAAGAAGUAAACAUUUUAUCAGACGUGUUUUUGCGAAUAGUGAGGAGGGAGGAUCUUAUGUAAAACCUGAAAAAUGCAACAGGUUCCCCUUUCUGUAAAUUUGGGCUAAUUUUUUAUUUUAAUUCUGAAAACUGGGUCGAAUGCAGAGAACCUAUUUCUGGUAUUAGUGAACAGGUAUUCCAUCCCAGGAUAGUUUAAUCAAUUUUGAGUUUCUCAGAAUUUACAUUGUUUGCUUUAGAAACAUAAUGUUUUAUGUAAGCCUACAAAUGUUCUAUUUAAUCAAGGACUGACAUAAUA